AUGAGACCUGCUCUCAAACUUCUUCUCCCUGUCCUGAUUCUGUCAUUCCUUUACGAAUCAACAGCAUCCGAUUUCUUGACCAUCCUCGGCGGUGGUGAUGGUAUCGGAGGCCCUUCGAAACGGAUGGUUAUCAAUCGCAUAGGUCAGUGUCCUGGUCAGAAAGACCUGCCCAUCUACUUUGACGACUUCAAGAUUACUCAGUAUAACAAAACGAACUACGUUGUGAACGGUGAGGUUACCUUUCGGGAGGACUUCCCCAAAGGAUGGACCGGUUCAGCUGUGGUGAAAAAGUGCGAUGAUUUUAGCAGCGCAGCAAACUGCCGCCCGUUUCUGAACAACAUUGCCAGCACGGAUCUCUGCACCCUGUUGAACAUCCCGAAUGCAAUGUACAUGAAAUAUCUGAACAGGAUGACUCCGAUACCAAGGUGUCCGUUCAAGAAAGGGACUUAUGUGGUCAAGGAUCAACUAGUGGAAGAUGAGUUAACUCGUUUUCUGCCAGGUUCCGGAAAUACCUACUGGGAAGCUCGAUCAACCGGGAAAAUCGGCGACCGCAUGGUGAUGUGUUUUAUCAUUCAGGUGAACGUACGUCCGAAGCGAUCGAAAACAUCGUAGUGGCCUGUGUUUUAGUAUGAGAAGUUCUUCAAAAUUAGCUGCGUAAAAUUUUGGCAAGUGAUUCGAAAUUCAAGAAAAAAUCAAUAAAUAACGUGACAUGGAAGGAGAAUCCAUUGUGGUGGCCCUUAAGACUCUAUUCAGCAAACUGGUUCAGCGGCAUUUCCAGACCCUUGACGAUUUGUUCUCCUGUCUCAUAUUCAUCUUGUGUGCCAUCGCUAUAUGGCAACUUUUUACCUGGGUCGUCAGCACGGUUAUCAAGCUAAUUUUCCCGAUAAUCAUGUGCUUCGUGUUUUUGAUUCUCUUCAACGAACACUACUCAUCAACUAUGGCGAAGUCUAUUGAUUUAUUGCAAAGCUUGUUUGGGCGCGCUUAUUCCAUGACAACAACAUUAGUUUCGUACAUUCCUGCAAUCGAAUGAAUAUAAAAUAAAUGAAAUGUUACGUUCAA